CUUGAGAUUAAAUAAUGUGACCGAUAUAGUUAUUAAGAUCGCUAAAUUUCUUUUUUCACGCUCUACAAGUAGAUCGAAAAAUAAGUAAAUGAUUCUAUUUAAAAAAAUAUUGAGAUCUUGUAAAAGAAAAAAAAGAAGUGGGCACGAAGAAACAUGAUCUCCACCAUUGUAAUAAUAUAGUCCUAGAGAUAGUGUAACUUUGUGUUGAGAAAUUUUUUUGUACAACAUUAGAUAAGGCAGAUAUUUAGGUGAUCCGAUUUAGCUGGGCCACCUUGUAUUUAAUGGAUUUUUUUGGAUUAUUUGUAUUUAAUAAAAAAUUCAUUAAAUGAUUCGCAACUAUCUUAUAUUUAUUCUUUCUUAUCAGGCCAAUAGAUCAGCAUAUUUCUAUGAAAUCAAUUGUCAUUGGUUGAAAUAUCGUGGAUUUGCGAUAUAUCGUUGCGUCGUUGUGCAUUUGACAAAGUUACGCACGAUAACAAAGGAUAUACACAUCCCGAAAUUCUCUUCUCUCGUACGUGCAAGCUUGUCGAGUUUAUUGUAAAUAAGAUCAUGGAUUUGCUGGGAUCUAUCUUAAACUCAAUGGAUAAACCUCCUUCGAUCAGUGAUAAACAAAAAGCGUUAAUGAAAAAGCAAAAAGAGGAGUAUCAGAAGCGUCAAAAAGCAGAAGCUGAAAGAUUAAAGCUUUUUCGUGAGAAGGUAGAAGGGAAAAUUAAUAAAUUUCUUCAAGAUGACGAUGCAAAGGAAUACAAAUUUCCCCCAAUGGAUCAAAUCUAUAGGAGUAUAAUACAUGACGUUGCUGAAGUGGCAAACAUAUGGGCAUAUUCAUUUGGUGAAGAAGGUGUUGAUCGUCAUAUUGUUAUUUUUAAGAGGGAAUACGCACCAUCUGAAGAUCAUUUAAACGCAUUACGUAGAGGAGAAGAAUGGAAUGAAGAAAUAGCAAAGAGAUUAGCGGAGGAGAGAGAAAGACGAGCCAAAGAAGAGCAAGAAGCUGCUGCUAAACCUAGAAAACGAAAAGACAAUUUUGUACCAAAUAGUUAUUACAAGGAUAAGUAUCAACAUUUAAUUGGAAAGGAAGCUGCAUUAGAAGCAGCUAGGAAAACAGAAGCUAAUAGUAGUUAUGGCUGUGUUCCUAGUGAAAAUAAGAAAGAUCAAAGAAGUAUAGAGCAAACAUUAGCAGACAUUCGAGCUAAGAAAAGAAAACUGGAAAUGACUGUUAAGGAGCCAGAGAAUGUAGAUAAAAAUAUAGAUAAAAAUCCAAAUGGAACCAUAUAAUAUAUUUAAUAUUCGUUUAAUUUCUGACCUGUAAAUAUUUUAUAUUGUGUGAUAGGAAAUCAACAUUUCAUCGCAAAACUAUUUGCACUUUCCUGAUUGUAACUUACAUAAUUUCACUUAUUUUAUGUAUGAGUAUUAUUUUAUGUACCUGCGAUAGAAACAAGGAAAAAUAUUGAAAUUCAAUAUAUGUAUUUACCAAAAAAUUCAAAUUAACUUAUAUGUACAAUAUAAUACAGAGAGCACA